UUUACCAUAGUUAGUUAAAAUCUAAUAUCAUCAUCCAGUCACUCUUAAAAAAAAUCCAAAACUCACUCACUCUGCAAAUCUCACUCGGCAGCGUUUGCUUAGGCUUUGAUAAUGUUGAGAAAGGCGAAUUCGUUCCCGGAGGAAGUGCUACAGCAUGUGUUGUCUUUUAUCACAAACGACAAAGACAGGAACGCCGUAUCGCUGGUGUGUAAGUCGUGGUACGAGAUAGAGAGGUGGUGUAGGAAGAGGAUAUUUGUAGGUAACUGUUAUGCGGUGAGGCCGGAGAUGGUUAUAAGGAGGUUUCCGGAGCUCAGAUCGGUGGAGCUCAAAGGAAAGCCGCACUUUGCGGACUUUAGUUUGGUGCCUGACGGUUGGGGAGGUUGUGUUUACCCUUGGAUCGCGGCGUUGGCUACUGCGUAUCCGUGGUUGGAAGAGAUUAGUUUGGAGAGGAUGGUGGUUUCAGAUGAGAGUUUGAAGGUGAUUGCUAAGAGUUUUAAGAAUUUUAAGGUUUUGGUGCUUUCGUCUUGUGAGGGUUUCUCUACUGAUGGACUUGCUGCCGUUGCGGCCAAUUGCAGGAAUCUGAGGGGGCUGGAUUUGCGAGAGAGUGAGGUGGAUGAUCCAAGUGGGCAGUGGUUGAGCCGCUUUCCUGACUCGUUUACAUCACUCGCGUCUCUUAAUAUUUCCUGCUUGGGGGCUGAGGUUAGUUUCUCAGCUCUGGAGCGCCUGGUAGGCCGGUGUCCUGAUCUGAAGACUCUUCGGCUCAACCAUGCUGUGCCCCUUGACAAGCUUGCCAAUCUUCUUCGCGGUGCACCACAACUGGUUGAAUUGGGCACAGGUGCUUACUCAGCCGAGUUGCAGCCUGAUGUAUUCUCAAACCUGGCAGGAGCUUUUUCUGGGUGUAAAGAACUGAGGAGCCUAUCUGGGUUUUGGAAUGUUUUUCCAGGUUACCUUCCAGCAGUUUAUCCUGUUUGUUCUGGCUUAACAUCACUCAACUUGAGGUAUGCUAAUAUACAAGGCGCUGAUCUCAUUAAGCUUGUCAGUCAAUGCCCAAGUUUGCAGCGCUUAUGGGUGCUGGAUUACAUUGAAGACAUUGGACUCGAAGCUCUUGCAGCAUGUUGCAAGGACCUGACAGAGUUGAGGGUGUUUCCAUCUGACCCAUAUGGUGCGGAACCAAAUGUAUCCUUGACAGAAAGGGGCCUUGUCUCUGUCUCUGAAGGCUGUCCCAAGCUUCAUUCAGUUCUGUACUUUUGCCGUCAAAUGACUAAUGCUGCCCUAGUUACAAUAGCAAAGAACCGUCCAAGUAUGACUUGCUUUCGUCUUUGUAUUAUUGAACCACGGGCUCCUGAUUAUCAAACACUCCAGCCUCUGGAUUUGGGUUUUGGAGCCAUUGUUGAAAACUACAAGGAUCUCCGGCGUCUUUCCCUCUCAGGUCUAUUGACUGAUCGCGUGUUUGAGUACAUUGGAACUUAUGCCAAGAAGUUAGAGAUGCUAUCUGUGGCAUUUGCUGGGGAUAGUGAUCUGGGACUCCACCAUGUGUUGUCUGGGUGCGAAAAGCUUUGCAAACUAGAGAUAAGGGAUUGUCCCUUUGGUGACAAAGCUCUUUUGGCCAAUGCUGCAAAGCUGGAGACAAUGCGAUCCCUUUGGAUGUCUUCUUGCUCUGUGAGUUUCAGAGCAUGUAAGCUGCUGGGUCAGAAGAUGCCUAGACUCAAUGUUGAAGUUAUUGAUGAGAGGGGACCUCCAGAUUUGAGGCCGGAAAGCUGCCCUGUUGAGAAGCUUUAUAUAUACAGAACCAUUGCGGGGCCUAGGUUUGACAUGCCUGGAUUUGUUUGGACAAUGGAUGAAGAUUCUGUGUCAAGGUUUUCUUGAAAUGUCUCUUAUUUGAUCGAGCUGCCUCUUCUUUCAAGGAUCGAUACCCUUGCCUGUAGUGAAUGAACACAGCAGGUACAUGCACUAUAUGCUAUACUAAUUGUUUCGCAUUCUUCAUUUUAUCUAGCUUCAUAAAAUUGCAGGCCCUGAUUGGAUGGGAUCAAGGUUUGAAGGUAUACUGAGGCUCAAGAGCUCUUUUGCCAUCCAUUUAUAAUUGGCUGAGCUAUUGGAUGCUGCUUAAAGAUUAAUAAAGAGAUGUUGUUGUAGUAUGACGUGUCAAUCAAACUUGUUAAACUUGGAUAGUGAAUCGUGUAUCCUAUUUGCAGACUUUUGCA